AUGGGUCGCGGGCUUCUUCUCCCCCACACGAGGAGGCUUAUGUUGUUCAUGCGGCCGAUGCGCUACUCCGCCUCUGCCACCGUGACCGCUGGUUCUUCGCGCGACCCGCUCCACGUGUGCGUCGUCGGCAGUGGCCCCGCCGGGUUCUACACGGCCGAAAAGAUGCUAAAGGGUCAUGAAGGAGUGCAAGUCGAUAUUAUUGACAGGUUGCCGACACCGUUUGGCUUAGUUCGUUCUGGAGUGGCUCCAGAUCAUCCAGAAACAAAGAUUGUGGUAAACCAAUUUUCUCGUGUAGCUGCGAAUCCCCGCUGCUCUUUUUUUGGGAAUGUAACACUUGGAAGUGAUGUAUCUCUAUCAGAGCUUCGAAAGACAUACGAUGUUGUUGUUCUUGCUUAUGGUGCAGAAAGUGAUAGAUCAUUUGGUAUUCCUGGGGAGGACCUCAGAGGAAUACAUUCUGCUCGAGAGUUUGUAUGGUGGUAUAAUGGGCACCCAGACAUGUGCAACUUGGCACCUGACUUGACAAACACAGAUUCUGCUGUGGUCCUUGGACAGGGAAAUGUUGCGCUUGAUGUCGCCCGUAUUCUUCUUCGCUGUACAACCGAGUUGGCUUCCACAGAUAUUGCUGGUUAUGCUUUGGAUGCUCUCCGUAGCAGCACAAUAAGGAAGGUUUACUUGGUUGGGCGACGAGGCCCAGUACAGGCAGCUUGCACAGCAAAGGAAUUACGUGAAAUUUUGGGUAAUUACAAAAUGUGUUUGAAAAAUGUGAAUAUUUGCAUCAAGGAGGCUGAUCUUGCGACAUCGCCUGCGGAUAAGGAGGAGAUGAGGAAUAGUAGAAUAAAAAGACGGGUGUAUGAGCUGCUAUCGAAAGCUGCUACCGUGCAUCAGGAAAACAACGAUAAUGACCAAAAGGAGCUUCAUUUUGUGUUUUUUAGGAAGCCUACCAAAUUUCUCCCUUCAGAAGAUGGUUCCACGGUUGGUGCUGUGGAACUUGAAAAGACUCUCUUAAAAGAUGAUGGAGCAACUGGAAAGCAGGUGGCAGUUGGAACUGGUGAGUUUGAAGAACUAAAAUGUGGAAUUGUUUUGAAGAGUAUAGGUUACAAAUCCUUGCCAAUAGAAGGUUUGUCCUUCGACAAAUACAGAGGAGUUGUCCCAAAUUUGAGGGGCAGAGUUCUGUGCAGUGAAUCAGAGACUGCCACGGUGGAGCCAGGACUGUACGUGGUAGGAUGGUUGAAGAGAGGACCAACUGGGAUUGUUGCUACAAAUCUCCAUUGUGCCAAAGAAACGGUGGAUAGCAUCCUUGAAGACGACAGGAAGGGCGUACUCACGGACCCAUCUGGUCCAAAAAGGCAAGGCCGGCGGGGACUAGUUGAGAUUCUAGAACAGAAGAAUGCCCGCUACGUGCCCUUUGAUGGCUGGGAGAAGAUCGACUCCAAAGAGAAGACGGCCGGCGAGCUGAAGAACAAGCCUAGGGAGAAGAUCACAAGAUGGAAUGAGCUCCUGGAAGCUGCAAGGGAGGGUUAG